AUGGAGCGGAUGAAGUCUCUGGCUCGCAGCUACAUUUACUGGCCGAAUGUUGACGACGAUGUGGCGCAAUUCGUUCGUCAGUGCGAUGCAUGUACUGAAGCAGCGAAGGCUCCGACGAAAGCAACCCUGGAAUCAUGGCCUCUUCCGGACCAGCCGUGGCAACGAGUACACGCCGAUUUCGCUGGCCCAAUCGACGGACAUCACUAUUUCGUAAUUGUAGAUGCCUACUCUAAGUGGCCCGAAAUUUUUCGCACUAGAUCCAUCACCACGACAACAACAUUGGACCUGCUUCGUGAAACAUUUUCCCGUUACGGCAAUCCAGACACGCUAGUCUCAGAUAACGGAACGCAGUUUACGAGCGGACAGUUUCAACAGUUUUGCAGUGAGAAUGGCAUCAACCAUAUUCGUACUGCUCCAUACCACCCGCAGUCGAAUGGCCAAGCUGAACGUUUCGUGGAUUCCCUCAAACGCGGCCUUAAGAAGUCUCCAGCCGAAGCGUUUUUAAAAAGAACGAUGCGCACUACGUUGGAUCUGUUGAGGAAACCAUCUCCUCCGACUGCAGCCAUUAACCACAAACAAAAUCAACAAUUCAACAAACGGCAUGGAGCGGUCAAGCGAUCAUUUGUAGAGAAUGACUUGGUGUAUGUUGAACAACACGUACACAACAAAAAGUCGUGGGUUCCUGGUCGAGCCAUUGAACCAAAGGAUCCGUUCACUAUGUCGUGUCGCUUGGCUUGCAUGGAAGACAGAAGCUGGUUAGAUCGCAUGUCAACCAAAUGCGUUCUCGCUACGGUUCCGAAACCCCUGGGCAAGAACAACAACAACUUCCAUGGGAAGUUUUAUUAG